AUGAACUUGACACAGUUGGAGAAGGUGAAUGAGAUACGCAAUCAAGAAAAGGAUGCGUAUGGGAUGCCUAAGGAGGCCUUUGACGGCGAAGCUUACGAAAACCGUAACAAGGAGGUCGACGCUAUGAUGUUUGGCAAGAAUGCAUACACACACAGUAGCUAUGCCGACGAUAUGGCUCAAGUGGACCUCCUCCUGGAUGAUAGGCAGAUCCCUCGCGCCAUCAAGAUAUUCGACGAAGCAGUGGAGAAGUACAGUGUGGAGAAGGGCAUCUACGACCGGUUUCUGUAUAUUUACGGAGACAAAGGCAACUUUGUUAAGGCACAGGCGUUGCUGAAGAAGAUGGAGGAGAAGGGAGUCCAUCCGGAUCUGGAGUCGUAUAUGGCUUUGGUAGAGGCUGCGUCCCAGUACACGGAUAAGCACUCCACGACUUUGUUGCAUGAGACCAUGGACAUGAUUGCAGCCAAGGGUUGGCGUGUGGAGGAUAGCUUGGCCGAUCUUCAUCAGCGCAUAGGCGAGCAUCGUCUGGGGGGCAUUCUAGAUC